AUGGACUCGUGCCAGAGAGAAAGAGGCACAAUCUCGAUUUCCAGAGAACAGCGUAUCGAGGACGCAGAUUCUUUUUCUAUUGUGAAUGGCGACUGUGUUACGGACGCUAGAUUGGCAGCAAGCGACAGUUUUUCUGCAGCGAAUUUCGCUGUUCAGUCGUCGGCUGUGACGCUGCCUGACCGACAAAAGUUACCCGAUGCGGCCACAACAGAGCUUUCGGACUUUUGUUAUAUUCACGAGCUCCAAGACGAAAUCAUCUUUAUUCUUCUGUCGUUUCUUGGGCCUCCUGCGAGCUCGUUUCGCAAAAUUGGCUCGUUAAGCCGUCGAUUGCGGGCGGCAGUGACAAACGAAAGGCUCUGGGAAGAGUUCUUCACAAAGCGAUUCAAAGACAAGAUACACGAACCGAAGAUCUGUGCAGAACGAGCACUCGUGAAGACUUCGGUGGGCUUGGGUGACAAAACUGUCGUGCCCUCUGCGGCUCCGCUGGGGUGUGCUUGCCGUCUCGAUUUGGCUGUUUCUCCGCUCCGGUGCUCAAAACGCGAUCCAGCCUAUUCGACGGGUUCCGACUUUCGCGUGUCCCCUCCGACCUACCGGCGCAUGGAAGCCUCUGGGGCAUCAUUUUCAACGGAAAAUUCCCUCUCUCCCCCUCUUUUUCCAUGUGGCGGUUUUCGUGAACUGACUUUGUUGCCGGAGUUGCCCACUCGUGAAGAAGCUACUUUUUCGCGUCGAUCUUCUUCCGACAGCGUUCUCGAUAACGCACUUGAGUGUAUGGGCGUUCCCUCAGGAGGGAAAUGCUGGAGAGGAAAAUAUCUGCUGAAACAUUCUCUGGAAAGGAAGUUUGCAAAGGCUCAGUUUGACCUGCAGCGAACCUGGUUCGUGGACAGCCCGGCGCUCCGUCCCUCCCUGCCUGAUGGCGAAGCGGAAGCAACGGAGGACACGCGCAGCCAAAGUUCGAGGUCGUCUGACUCCUUUUCGCUGGAUGGAAGCCCCUCAAGCGGCGAUGGAGGCAAUUCACAAGAGAGAGAAGAUGGAACGUCUUCUCCAUUGCUUCCGUGCACGUCGGCUCGGCAUGGCGGCCACCCCAGACACCUGUGUCACUAUCGGCAUCCACAUGCUGAGUGGCCAAGUGCCUCCGCCGCUCUCAGAGUUCGGCCUGCCAUGAACGCGCCCAAUCCGUCCACUUCCGGUCUCUCUUCCGCGCCCUCAUCUGGAGGGGCUCCUCCUGUGUGCGUCCUGAGCCUGCGCUUCUUCGGUGACGGCGCGGGCCUCCUGUAUGCGGCAAGAGCGGGAGGCAUUGAGGCUUUGUGCCCAGACCGCGGUUGUCAUUUGAGAACUUUCUCUCUUCGUAGGAGAGGUGGUGGCAGGGAGGCGGGAAGGAGGGCGAGGCGCGAAGAGACGCAAACGUUUGCAGGGCGCCAGUUGAUGACGAGGGAAAGGAUUCAGUGGGAUCCGAACGGCAUAAUACCUCGGCAGGCCGGGGAAGAAAGUCGCGAUGAACACCCGUGUCAGAUGUUUGACGCUCGAUUUGUUUCGGGUUCUUCCGAGGAGAGUGACCAAGACAGUGAAAAUGAAGAGCCAGAUGAGGCUGGUAGCCGUUUGGAUAGGCGAGGAUCUGAAGCCGUGGGUGGAGUAGAACGACGAAACCUGCGUGAAGCCGGCGGACUUGAGCGGCCAGCAUUUGCUCUCUGCGUAGCUGAUACUAUUGAUGACGCCCUUGGGCGAUGUGAGGAUGCCAGGAACAAUGCGCUGGCAUCUCAGACGCGGAUGCGACUUGCGGAAUCCGCAAAUUUUGAGAGACAACGCCCUUUGGUGAUCGGUGGAUACAGCGACGGAAAGAUCGGCGUGUGGGAUUACUGCCAUCCGGACCGUGUUCUCGAGCACCUGGAAGUCACUACACAUCGGCACCGUGGCCCUUCUGCCGUGAAGAGCGUCUGUGCUAUUGCUGGAGGCCUUGCCGGGCGAGGAGGCUGCGACAUCCUCGCUGGAGCAGAGGACGGAGGCGUAGCGCUCCUAAAUGCAGAUCGAUUAGACAUUGGAAUUGUUCAGCGUCUACGAGGCCAUACGGCAGCUAUUCAGUCUAUCGCCUGUGAACGCGAGAGUGGCCUAGUGUUCACUGCAUCACGUGACCGUUUGGUUCACGUUUUUGAUAUCCGUGCUGGCGACCAGCCGGUGGCCUCCUGCGGUAGACAUCACGACUGGGCGAUGUGCGUUCACGUUCCGGAUGGUUCAGGCACACGGAUUUUCGAGACGGCUGACAGGGCAGUUCAUACCUGGGACCUGCGGAGGUUGCUCGGUGAUUCCCAGCAGGCGGGCGCUGACAGAGGCAAGACAGCGAAGGCGUUAGCAGAGAGGCACCGGCAUAAACAACUUAUCAGUGGCAUGCGGCUGGAUGCCUUUCGGCUCGUCAGUUGCUCUUUGGACGGCUGCGUUUUGUUGUCAAGUCUAGAGAAUCGCGAACUGGGCACACAAGAUGACAACGCCGUUGGGCAACACACUGACUUCAGUGUUCUGAGGCGAGGAGGAGAGACACAGUGGAUGCUGGGCGUUGACUUCGCUGAAACAAAAAUGGCAACAUCGACAGUAGACGGGGCGAUUCAGAUCUAUCAUCUGCUCCACCUCCAUACACUGCCACGGUGCUUCUUGUACACCUGA